GCUGAAGGCAGGAGGCACACCGGGGCAGCACCGGGACCGGGACCGGGACCGGGACCGCAGCGGCUCUACGCGGACCUCCGGACCGGGAGGACACGGUGUCCACACCAUGAUGAAAACUGUCUGUUGAGCAUCACCUCACUAUGGCACCAUCAGGCCCCACCUUAUCCUCGGACCCCUUCCACCACCACCACCGUCAUCUUCAGUGCCACGGACCCCCUCUGUGGCCCCGCCUUCUGCUGUCCGUCUGGGUCUGGAUUGGUGGACAGGUCAUCCAGGUGCACGCCUCUCACCAGCACUUCCACCCUCACUCCAUUAAGAUACCCGGCGACAUCACUCUGGGUGGCCUGUUCCCCGUCCACGCCCGCGGCCCCCACGGACUGGACUGUGGCGAGCUGAAGAAGGAGAAAGGUAUCCACCGCAUGGAGGCGAUGCUGUACGCUCUGGACCAGAUCAACAGUGACUCCGGGCUGCUGCCGAACAUCACGCUGGGCGCCCGCAUCCUGGACACCUGCUCCAGAGACACCUACGCUCUGGAGCAGUCUCUCACCUUCGUCCAGGCGCUCAUCCAGAAGGACACGUCGGACAUCCGCUGCUCCAACGGAGAGCCUCCCCUCAUCCGCAAACCAGAGAGGGUGGUGGGAGUGAUCGGCGCGUCGGCCAGCUCCGUGUCCAUCAUGGUGGCCAACAUCCUGCGACUGUUUGAGAUCCCUCAGGUGAGCUACGCCUCCACGGCCCCGGAGCUCAGCGACAACAACCGCUACGACUUUUUCUCUCGGGUGGUUCCUCCGGACUCCUACCAGGCUCAGGCCAUGCUGGACAUCGUCAAAGCUCUGGGCUGGAACUACGUCUCCACGCUGGCCUCCGAAGGGAACUACGGGGAGAGCGGGGUGGACGCCUUCAUGCAGAUCUCCAGAGAAGCCGGCGGCGUCUGCAUCGCUCAGUCGGUGAAGAUUCCCCGUGAGCCCACAGCCGGAGAGUUCGACAAGAUCAUCAAACGUCUGAUGGAGACGAGCAACGCCAGAGGAGUGAUCAUCUUCGCUAACGAAGACGACAUCAGACGCGUCCUCGAGGCCGCGAAACGUGCCAACCUGACGGGUCACUUCCUGUUCGUGGGGUCGGACAGCUGGGGGGCGAAGAGCUCGCCGGUGACCGAGCUGGAGGACGUCGCCGAGGGCGCCGUCACCAUCCUGCCCAAACGGGCUUCCAUCGACGGGUUUGAUCAGUACUUCAUGUCCCGCUCUCUGGAGAACAACCGCAGGAACAUCUGGUUUGCCGAGUUCUGGGAGGACGACUUCAGGUGCAAACUGACCCGACCAGGAAUCAAACUGGACCCUGACAAGAAGAAAUGUACAGGUGAGGAGCGGAUCGGGCGGGACUCGACGUACGAGCAGGAGGGGAAGGUCCAGUUCGUGAUCGACGCCGUCUACGCCAUGGCUCACGCUCUGCACAACAUGCACCAGGACCUGUGUCCCGGCAGCUCCGGCGUCUGCAGCAACAUGGACCCGGUGGAGGGACGCCUGCUGCUCGACUACAUCCAUGCAGUCAACUUCAACGGAAGUGCCGGUACAAGUGUUUUGUUCAACGAGAAUGGAGACGCUCCGGGACGCUACGACAUCUUCCAGUUCCAGAUGACCAAUCACAGCCACCCGGGUUACCACGUCAUCGGCCAGUGGACCAACAACCUCAGACUCAACCUGGAGGAGAUGCAGUGGUCUGGAGGCGACAGAUUGGUUCCAGAGUCCAUCUGCAGUUUUCCUUGUAAACCAGGAGAGAGGAAGAAGAUGGUGAAGGGGGUUCCCUGCUGCUGGCACUGUGAGCUCUGUGACGGGUAUCAGUAUCAACUUGAUGAGUUUAACUGUGAGACCUGCCCGUCGGAUAUGCGCCCCACCCCCAACAGAACCGCCUGUCGGCCCACCCCCAUCAUCAAGCUGGAGUGGAACUCCCCCUGGGCCUUGGUGCCCGCCUCCCUCGCCAUGCUGGGUAUCCUAGCAACCAGCGCCGUGGUGAUCACCUUCAUCCGCUUUAACGACACGCCCAUCGUGAGGGCGUCCGGGAGGGAGCUCAGCUAUGUGCUGCUGACAGGUAUCUUCCUGAUCUACCUGAUCACGUUCCUGAUGAUCGCCGAGCCCGGCGUGGUGGCGUGCGCGUUCCGCCGCCUCCUGCUCGGCCUCGGCAUGGCCAUCACCUACUCCGCCAUGCUGACCAAGACCAACCGCAUCUACCGCAUUUUCGAACAGGGCAAGAGGUCAGUGACCCCGCCCAAGUUCAUCAGCCCUACCUCCCAGCUCGCCAUCACCUUCAUCCUCAUCUCCGUCCAGGUUCUCGGCGUGUUCGUGUGGUUCGCCGUGGUCCCUCCUCACACCAUCAUCGACUACGAGGAGCUCCGCCCGCCAAACCCUGACCUGGCCCGAGGCAUCCUGAAGUGUGACAUGUCGGACCUGUCAAUCAUCUGCUGCCUGAGCUACAGCAUUGUUCUCAUGGUAACAUGCACGGUGUACGCAGUGAAGAGCCGCGGCGUCCCGGAGACUUUUAACGAAGCAAAGCCGAUCGGCUUCACAAUGUACACGACCUGCAUCGUCUGGCUUGCCUUUGUGCCAAUCUUCUUUGGUACCGCGCAGUCCACCGAGAAGAUGUUCAUCCAGACGGCCACUCUGACCGUGUCCAUGUCUCUCAGCGCCUCUGUCUCUCUCGGGAUGCUCUACAUGCCCAAAGUCUACGUCAUCAUUUUCCAUCCGGAGCAGAACGUCCAGAAGAGGAAGAGAAGCUUCAAGGCUGUUGUUCAGGCUGCCAGAUUGUCUCAAAAGUCGUCAAAUGAGAAACAGAACGGAGAGACGAAGAUCGAGCCGGACAGAACGCAGUGAUGCUGCUGCAGACUCCAGGGAAGCUGCUGACCAAUCGCUGUGCAGAGCCUGAUGACAUCGCCACCAAGAUCUCAUGAUCACACACACACACACACACACACACACACACACACACCCACCCCUCUCCGGGCCUUCCUGACGUUCUCCACCUGUGCUGAGGAGCAGGAACUCUCUGGUGACCCACGAACUCUUUAAACAAACACAAACUCCCACUUGGAGGAAACACGGUUCUCGUUCCAGGAUCGGACUCGUAUUUUGGUAGUUGUGUCAUGUGUGCUUCCUGUCAUGACCUGCAGUCUGAUCAUGACCAAUCAUCCAUUUGAUCAAACUGAGAGCACACGCUCCUCUUCCUCCCACCAAAUGAUGUAACUUCACAUCAUUCAGCAUCUUCUCCGUGUAAUUCCAGCUGACACCAGAUUAUAGAGCAUCUUCCUCCCAUUAAGAUUCAAAUUAUUAUUUUUUUUUAACAAUCAUCAUCACUUACUUUCAGACAUGUCCGAAACACACACCAAACACACUUACUUACAAAUUAGAGAGCAAAAGAAGAAAACCAGCUCAGUCACUGAUAAAGCAACACAAAAGUAACUCGAUCAAUUAUCAAUCAACCCUAUUACUUACUUUUCAUUUGCAAUACUUACUCAAACCACUGCUUCUUAAAGGAGUAUCUAGUAACUGUAAUCAAGUAUUAACAGGUGGAAGCUGAUAUUUAACAAUAUAUGCGUAGCAGUCGUGUGCAGGUAGCUGGUUCAGGUAAGGUGAAGUAACUCCGAAAAUAAUUUUACUACAUUGUUCUGUCUAUAGUACCUAGUUUAAUAGCUACUUUACCAAUUGACCAAAUAAGAAGUAAUUCUCCUAAAGUACUAUAUAAAGGUUAUUUAUAUACUAAAUAAUUACUACUACCUCAAACCAUCUGACACUUUGUGUUUGGGCAGUAGCACUGACAGCUCAUCCAGUAUCAUGGCAGUGCUGGAGCGCGGUCCUCCUGGACAGCAGGGACAGCACUCUGACCGUACAGCUUGUUACCUGAACUCACCUGUCUGACGGUGUCCAAACUACCAAAAUAAGAGCUUCUCCAUGGCUCCAUUUACAUGACUGCGUUUCAAGUGAAAAGGCAUCGUAUUUGUUUCAGAAAAGUGUCACGCUUAACGGUAUCUGUUUCCAAGGAACCUGAUAAAAAUGUAGUGAGCAUGCUGGGCCACUAGUGGGGGCUGUCGCCCCAUAAAGAUGACCAAUGGGAGAACACGGACAUUCAUAUGGACAGACCACCAACUUGGACUCUUAUUAAGGUAGCUGUCAACUGUAAAACUAACAAGUCCAGGAGAAUGUGGACUGGAACCAGGACCAGGACCAGGAGGAUCUGGACUGCGAGUCGCGACAGGACCAGUUGCAGAGUUUACUGUCGUCUACACCGAGAUGAGUCGAAACGUUUUCAGGAAGUUUCGUUUUCAGUCAUUUCCAUGGAGUCUGAGUCGCAGCUUUCUCAAAGACUUUUAAUUUUCUCCAUUUCCAUGGACAUGGGGUCAAAGCAUUUUCAAAAAGUUCCACAAUGGGAUCAGUUGUGUUUUCAGUGUCUCAGAGCACCGUUGUCGUGUAAUUGUGCCCAUGAAACACAAGAAAAGUUUUCUGUUUUCACUUGAAAUGGUGUCGUGUAGACGGGUCCUGAGAUGCAGCGACACAUUUCGCCCACAUUCUUUUCUCCCUGAACCGAUUCAGUAUCUUUACUGUGCGUCUGAAGUUGGUGUGAGUCAUUGUUUCUGCACUGAGCAUAAAAAUCAUGUUUUUUCUUGUUCUGGCUCAAUAA